GCGACGUUGCCAACUUUAUUGACUUUAAGUACAAACGAAGACAAAACGUACGCGCGUGGAGACUAACUUACAGCCGGCAGCUUUUAUAUUAAACAACACACAGUACCCAGUGCAGUUUAUAUAAUUUUGAUAUAAUACAUAUGGAUAAUGUUUUACCACGCCUAGACAUAUUGAGUCUUUGUUAUAAAAAAAAGAUUUGUGUAAAGAGUGACAGUGAUACAGGUGAAAAUAUAAACCUACAUUAUAUCAAGUGAUUACAUGUAAGUUACACCAACAGGGAUAUGAUUUUCAUAAGAGCUAAAACACAAAGAAUAUUUUGAAGUACAUAGCCCGAGGGCAUAAAGAAACUGGUUGUCCGAAAGCGGCGACUGUAAUAUGGGGGACAGAGGCGCGACGGGGGGCGCUUGGGGUGCGCGCGACGAAUCCUCGUGGUGGCCGGGUAGCGCAGGUGAAUUACAGCACCAACAACAAUUAAAUGAAGAAGUAGCUAGAAGUACUGCGGCUCCUACACAUCAACUUUAUACAUAUAAAAUGACUGGUGGCUUUUCGAACAAUGGUGGAGAUAAUUCUACGACAAGCUACGACUACCGUAUUAUGUCUGGAUCAAAUACCAGAGAAGAAUCACCUCAGCAACCAUGGUGGUAUUCAUCAGGGACAGUGGAAUCUCAACAAACUUCUCCAACGGCUCAGAAUCAGUCGAGCCCUGAUCCUGAUCAGGGAAACCAACAACCCAACGGAAUACAACAAAACCAUCAGACUUUACAACAACAGCAGGCUCAACAAGAGCAGAAUCAGGCGAUUCAACAACAGAAUCAGUUGCAACAGCAGCUGCAACAACAACAAAAUUUACAACAAGCAUUGCAGCAGCAAGGUCAAACAUUGCAGCAAACCCUUCAACAGCAGCAGCAGCAAGGUCAGCAGCAAACAUUGCAGCAGAUGUUACAACAGCAUCAGUUACAACAGCAGCAGCAACAACAACAACAGCAACAGCAGCAGCAACAAACAUUGCAACAGAGUUUACAGCAGACCCUACAAGUGAGCCAGGCUCAGGCCCAAGCACUUGUACAGGCUCAAGCUGCUCUACAACAGCAAGUUGCUCAGACAUUACAGCAACAGCAACAGAACCUGCAUGAACGUAUGCAAGCAGUUCAGCAACAACAAAUCCAAGCUGCUUUACAACGACAAUCAGCUACUUUCCAGGAGCUGCAACAACAGCAAGCGUUAAUAGCACAAGCAGCUGGGAAUAAAGGAAGGAUGCCACGAGCAAGGCCAUACAACAAGCCCCGCGGGCGCAUGACUGCGUACGCUUUCUUCGUACAAACUUGUCGUGAGGAGCAUAAGAAGAAGCACCCAGAGGAGAAUGUCAUAUUUGCAGCCUUCUCUAAGAAGUGUGCCGAAAGGUGGAAUACAAUGUCAGAAAAAGAGAAGCAGCGAUUCCACGAGAUGGCAGAACAGGACAAGCGACGGUACGAUUUGGAGAUGCAGAACUACGUGCCGCCCAAAGAUGUAAAGGUCCGCGGCAGAAAGCGUCAAGUGAAGGAUCCUAACGCGCCCAAGCGUUCACUGUCCGCAUUCUUCUGGUUCUGCAAUGAUGAACGUUCUAAGGUGAAAGCCAGCAAUCCAAUGUUUUCUAUGGGAGACAUCGCCAAGGAACUAGGCCGGCUGUGGGCUGCCGCCGAUCCAGAGACAAAAUCCAAGUACGAAGCCCUAUCAGAACAGGACAAGGCGAGAUAUGAUAGGGAAAUGACAGCUUAUAAGAAAGGCCACUUACUAGCUCAACAGCAACAAGCCCAAGAAGUAGAUGAAGAUGAAGGCGAAUAUGUGGGGGAGGGCGAUUACGACGGUGAAACCAUAGCUUAGUCGGCUUACCAGGAGUUUGUAUUGGACAAACUGCGAUUGUUCCUUACCAUCAAGGAAAUUGGAAUGUAUUCAGGCCCCAAUGCGGGUCAGGAGGAUUCAAUGUUAGCAAAAGUGCUGGUGCCGAUUUGUAAUAAAUGAGUUGGUACAGUAAAUGAGGGAUUUAGUGUCGCAAAUCUCGGAAGGAAAUAUUUAGGUCUGCGCAGACGAGGGAUAUAAUUUCAGAGGAUAAACUAAUACCAUUGUUUGAUACCAGAAUAUGAAAGUGCAUUACUUAACAUGUACUGGAAUUCACCAUGUGAUUGCAUUGAUUGCGAGAAUUAGACUUUAACUCUAAAGAUGUAUUCAACCAUCUGCUACUAGCACUAUACUCAAACUGUCGAAAAAAUCGACUUCAUUCACAUUACUAAGUAAAAGUCAAUAUAAAGAAGAGAUCAUUUUAAUAUUUAUGAUAUAAUUAAUAUGGGACCAUGUGAGACAACACCGGCUCGCAAAAAAAAAAAGAAUGAAUAAAA